UGCACGGUCGAAGGAGACGACUACUUUCUUGGGGCUUUUUCGCCUCCAAAAAGUACACCCGGCGAAGGAAUAUGGCUCGUUUAAAUCAGAUCAAACAUUGCUAAUGUACAUAUGGUUAAAUACGUCGGGGAAAGCUGCGCUGCGGCCGGUUUAUUGACCAGAAAGUAACGACUGAGCCUAAUCUGGACAAGCACCGAGGUCCGAAGAGAAAAGCUUGCAUUUAAACGAAGAGCAAAUCCCGCGACGUUUACAAGUUAUUUGAGCUUUUUUUAAUACUGUAAAGAAGCAUUUGAGGUAUUUCUCGUAGGUUACGUGUUAGUCUUACUGACAGAAAUGGAUCGAGGUGGCUGCCAAAUGAGUGGCGGAGGUGGCGGUGGUGACGGCGGGCCCGACCGACAGGGUACUAUGAUCACACUGGAGGACCUGGAGUCUUUCUCCGAGGACCAGCCUGCAGACUCGGGCAACGGCAGUCUCGAAGAGGAGGGUGAGACCAUGGAGGAAGACGAUGAACGACUGCUGCAUUACUGGCAGGACGUAGCGAGGGGACACCAAGUGGAAGUUGACGAAGAAAUGUCAAGACCCAUUCAGCAGCUAACCAGCAACAACCAAGGACGCAGUCAUAGAGAACACAUCCCGUUCACCCUCCUCACACGCAAAGAGAAGUGUGGGGAGCUGCUGUAUGAGAAACGCCACUAUGAAAAGGGCCACUGGGCUUGUAUAACACUGCGUGAGGACACGUAUGAACAGAGUAUCUGCUAUGGUUUUAUGAAGAUAAUGAGAUACAUCUGCGAGCAGAACUCUUCAGGUGACUACCUGGGUAUGACGCUGCCCAUUGUGACAGUGGUGCGCACAGAUGAGAACCACUCUGUGAUCUCCAAUGAUGUCACAGUGGCGUAUUACCUUCCUGCUCACCACCAGGCCCAGCCUCCUCCACCUCAAGACAAUGAGAUUGUCUUAGAGAUCUGGCCUGCCACUAUUGUAUACACAAGGCCCUUUAGCGGUCCCACCAAUGAAGUGACCAUCAUUAAUCAGAUUAAUGCCAUGGCUGAGCUGCUAGACUCUCCUGGUGUGUGUGUCAACGACUCGUUCAUUGUGGCCGGCUACACCAACCCUGCUCACAUCAACCGUCAAAAUGAGAUCUGGUUCCUUGAGCGACCCUGAAGGGUGAAAGGAUUAAGCAGCAUCCUAUCUGUGACCCUCUUGAGCCUCUUAAGACUCCCUUAACACUGCCCCAGCUCAGCUACAGCCUCAGGUGCAACAUCCUCUUUAGUCACCACCUCUACCUGAAAUGAACACCAGCCCAGCACACUCCAGAUCAGUCGGGGCUUGCAAAAAAAGAAAAAAAAAAUCAGCCCUUGUUCCAGCCUCAAAGAAUUUUCUUACAUCCUCAUCAGAUUGUCAUUUCACCCAAAAGAACCAAACUAUACCACUGCCAUACUCUCAUGGACACAACGCAGAUGCUACAGUGAAGCAUAGCAUUAAUCUCCUGCUCUAACUAUGAGAUGGUUAAAAACCUUUUCUAAGCACAGUGCCCUCCUGUUAAAUAGUUUUAACUCUUAAGCACUCUGUGAACUCAAUGACCAUGGAUUGCUGUCUGAAACAUGCAACAACCUGUCUUUCCACAGCGGAAAACAGGUUCCCAGUGGACAUGCAGCCUUAUUGUGCUCCUUUUCUGUUUGUUGCACAGCUAUGAUGUCUUGUCAUGUGGGGUGUAGGUCGGUGAACAUCAGUCAUUCUCUAGCUCGCUGGGGUGACAUAAACUUUGUCGCUGUUGAUCUGCAAUUUCUUUAUCUCUGGAUAAUAUAACUCACUACAGGUUACAGUCUUAUGGGAUGCAGUCACGCUGCAUAAACAGUUACUUUGAUUCAACUAUAAGUGCAAUAUUUAUCGGAUAACCAACAAUCAACAAGCUGGUUUUACAGUUCAUGGGUCACUAGCCUAACCAAAUCUAAUGGUGUUCAGUUGUGGAGGGCAGGAGAGGGGAACUGUAGCCUGCAACACAACACAGUAAACAACAUUAACACUUGGAAUAUCUUUUGGUUUCAACCAGGAAUAAGCUCAGCACAAUAGGUGACAGUAAUUAAGCAUCUGAACACAACAUGUCUGUGUGUGGUUUGUGCAUGAAUGUACAGCUACAAGGAGAGGCUGAAAACAAAUAUCACACUUCUACAAACCAAACACUGAAAAAUGUCACUGAUUUUACUGCUGCAUGACAAUCAAAGCACUACAUACAUCCUUUUUCUGUCAAGAAAACGAUGCAUUCCUCAUGUUUCCACAAGUCUUGUUCUCACACACAGGAAUAGUUACCUAUGUACCUCUUUCUCAUGCGCUUUCUACUUGCUACAGUCUGUGUCAAUGUUAGUGAGUAUGCAUUCACUACUGUAUUGAAAAUUCCACUGCUACCGGGUAGAGACAAUGCAACUACAAAAAGAAUUGGAGCACAGAGAAUAUCUCGACUGUGAUAUAAUCUUUUUUAAAUAGAUAAAAGUAUGCUCUGUUUUAGUUAAAACUAUUUUUAAUGUUUUAUCACCGAUGUACAGACAGAUUAUAAAGUCAGAGUAACAGUAUGUAUGUUUCUUUUCACUAUGUUUUAAAAUAAAACUUAACAGUGCAAUGCAACAAAAAUGAAGUGAUCCGCAUCUUACCAGCUACACAUACAGUUAACAGUAAUGUCAAAUGUUUCUGCUUUGUUUUAAAGGAAGUUACAUUUACUGCCCGGGUGUCACACAAAUAAUUUUAUGAUGCAUCCACAAAAACUGGAAGUGAACUAACCAAAUCAUCACAGUGUUGGAUUCGAUCAGGACAGGGGCAUCCUAUUAGAUACUUAAGCAGGCUGCUGUUGAGGCCUGUUUAAUAAGUGUAAAAAUACAAGUAAAAUUAAGCCCAAACUAGAAAAGUUUCAUCUCAUUAUCCACAAAAAGGUCAAAUCAAGACUUCAUCAUUCAAGAAAAUUAGUCUUGGGUUAGGGAGGUUGCCCAGUCUUAAUGUUUGGUUCAAGGCAUCAAAAUCCAAAGAAUUUAUAUUACAUUAAAUGAUUGUAGAGCUAAUAUGACAAUUGUAGUGUGUUAACACUUGCAAAGCCAUGAUUCGUGUGGGUUGGAUUUCCCUCUAAGAGCCUGGUUAUAUGGGAACAUCAAGUUUGAGGAUACAGUCAUUCUCCUUUCUGCUUACUUUAGUUUUGCAAAUGUGUGCUGUACUGUGAAAAUUCAAGUGCAACAACAAGAGCUACUGUGGUUUCUUUGUUCAAUAAACGUACUUGUAAACC